AUGACAUUGACCUUCAUAAACAAGAGUGCAUACAAAAGAGGAUCGAUCGUCUUCGACCAGGAGCGAUGCUCUCAAGCAGCAUUAACAAAAGAAGACUCACUGCUUAUGACCAAGUCUCUACCAUUGAUGCAGUACAAAGAUCAGAAUCUCAAAACGCAGUUGAAGAAUGAAGAAGCAUAUGAUGAUCAACACUUUGACUACGAGGACUUUACGGAUUCAAUUGAUGAGAUCCCGGAAUCGUCUACGAAUAUACGCGACUCUCAGCCCAAAGAACAGCAAACGUUGGCUUCUGCAGUCUUACAGGAUUCACGUAACAUCAUCAAUAUCUCUGAAGAUAUAACAGCGAACACGUCCUCUCCCACGACCGAAGUCGCUUAUGCGUCCUCUACUACCGACACGUCCAGCGCAACAAAAAGCAGAGUGCUGUCAAAGAAAGCAAAAAUAUACGACAUGCGCCGGCCAACGUUUCACAGCGAGGAAGAACACUAUGCUUUCAGUCGAGAGAUCAACAAGAACCAGAUCAUUUCUCUCAAAGAUGCUGUCAAGGUUUGGGCCAAAUGGCUGGAUACUCAAGUCGAGGCCCAAAAUAUGAGCGCGGCUGUUUUCACCAUUAACCAACAUUAUCUCAGCCAUUUGCAUACAACGAUCGAACGGAAUGGACCUCUACCCUAUUUAGCUGCUUUCAAUAUGGAACGCGCAAUCGGUGAAAUUAAGCGUCGCAUACGAUCAAAGAUCAAUGCAGGCGUGAACUCAGGCAAUGUGCUGGUGGAUCUGUCCGCUGUACGAAGACGUAAGCGACUGGAGCGCGACGACGACAACAAUGACGACGACGACGAAAAUGAUGAAGAUGAGGAGCGUCCUAACCAUGCGGUCAAUGUUAUAAAUAAGAAGUCGAGGAUGGACGUCAUUUCAAUCUCGGAUGAUCGUGACAGCCCGGAGAUUUGGGGUCCUUUUGCGGAGCAGUCGAUACAAGAGUUGCACUGCAAGAACCAACUGCGCCAUUUCUGGGCGUGGCACAACGAAUCUUACACUGGUAUCAAUAUCGACGUUGAUGAAGUUGUAGAGACUGGGACUCGGCUGCAAAUGAACAAGAAUACAUACGGAGGCAGUGUGCGCGAAUCGUUUGUCAGACUGCAUAUCGACGUGGAUAUCGACAGGAGAAUCAGCAAAGCAAAGGUAAAUCCAGCCAAAAGACAAUAUGUUGGAGAUAUCAAGUACUUCUUUAAACACGGCUGCAUUGUACGUGGAGAGUACUGUGAAAAGCUGCUGGCGUUCGUGAAGAUAUACAAAACUGUCAAGAAAUUAUUAGAAACGUGA